ACUGAAUCAAUAUACUCAUGAUUACUCGCAAGCGCAAGAUAAACUUUAAUCUAUGAAUAAAUAAUAAUAAAUCAGUUCAUUAUGAUGACUUUAGUAACAAGAUACAUUCAAAUGGAAUAAUAGAUCUCUGUAAAGUUCAUCGAAACUGAAGAACUGACUGGACUUUGCGCGAAAACACUUCUUUGCCAUAAUUUCCAAGUGUCUGAUGCAAUGGCUAUGCAGAGAUUUGGGUUGAUUUUUAUAUUAUUAACAACAACACUUGUGAGAGGGGAACCUUCAGUUAUUAUCAUCGGCGCUGGAGCGGCUGGUAUAGCUGCCGGAACAAAAUUACUGAAAAACAAUUUCACGAACUUCAAAAUCUUAGAAGCUGAACCAAGAAUCGGGGGAAGAAUUCGAAGCGUGAAGCUUGAAAAUGCGUUUGUCGAUCUGGGAGCUGAAUGGUGUGAUGGACAAGAAGGUAACUUGGUUUAUGACAAGGUUAAAGACUUGAAUCUACUGGAGCCCACCAGAAUACCGACAGAUAUUUAUCUGUCCACCAAAACCAAACUAGACGACGAAUUCGCUAACGAAUUAUUCGCAAUUUUCAAUCAACUUCAAAAUCCAGCCGGUGAUAUACCUGAUGAUAGAAACGAAACCUUGGGAAGUUACUUCGAGAAGAAUUAUCCCAGAAUAAUAACCCAAAAAUAUGCUACUAAUCCCAACAAAUUAGAUAUAGCUAAAGAUGCUAUGGACUUGGUGAGGUCACACGUUCUGUGGAUUAGGGGCGGAUUUUCUUGGUUUGAUCCUGCCCUUAUAACUGACCAUAAAAAUGCCGGAGGGGAUCACACUCUGAACUGGAAAGGACGAGGAUUCAAAACAUUUCUUGACAUCCUGAUGGAAAAAUAUCCUGACAGUGACCAACAUUCUCCCAUAGACGAAAAAAUUUUACUCAGUAAAGAAGUAACCAACAUCUCGUGGAGAAAUGGUGCCAACAUAACUUGUUCAGAUAAUUCUUCGUAUUAUGCUGAUCAUGUUAUUUUUACACCAUCAGUGGGAGUUCUAAAACAGAAGAAAGAUACUUUAUUUUCACCGGAACUUCCUUCUGAUAAACAGAGAGCCAUAGAAAAUAUAGGCUUUGCUGCUAUUAUAAGGGUUGUUAUGUAUUUUUCUGAAGAUUGGUGGAGAGACUCGCCUGGAUUUUUUUUCGUUUGGACAGAACAACAUAAGAAACAUCUAUCCGAAGAAUUUCCUGAAGGUCCUAAUAAGGUAGGGCAGUCAUGGUUGACAUCCUUGUUCAAGAUUUAUAGACAAGACUCAAAUCCCAACGUGCUGAUAGCGCUGUUUGUCGGUGAUUUUGUUCCUGAUAUUGAAGUUCUUCCGGAAAACCUUCUGAUGAAAGGUGUUUAUUUUGUAAUGGAAAGGUUUUUGAGUCAAGAUUACAAUGUCACAAAGCCAGAUAAAAUUAUAAGAACAAAUUGGUAUACAAAUCCUCACUUCAAAGGAUCAUAUUCUUUCCAAACUAUCAGAGCACGAAGAGAAAAUGGGCAGAUAUCGGCCGAAGAGAAAUUGGCAGAGCCUCUAAGAAAUUUUGAAGGAAAGCCUCUUAUACAAUUCGCGGGAGAGGCAACUAAUGUUUUACACUAUACUACCGUUCAAGGAGCUGUGGAAACUGGGUAUAGGGAAGCUGAUAUACUCCUGAAUUUGUAUCAAUGAUUUUUUGUAUCUCAUCAGUUCGUGUUAUAUUUUUCAUUCAGAAAUAAUAGCAUAUCAUUCGACGAAUGAGAAAUACGA